AUGUUUGCCGGAACGUCGGCAAUCAAGUGCGCCGAUUGGAGGUUCGUUUGCGCAUCCGAUAUUUAUCCGAACGAUUAUGGAGAACAGCGCUGGACACUCGCGUACUACCGCCAUUAUAUUAAAUUAGAAAUGCAAAAACAAACAGUUGAGCUAACCGAAUCACUUACAAAAAACCUAAUGGAUAGGAUGGAUGAAAAACUUAACCCUAUUAUUGAAGAAAAUGAACAAUUAAAACAAAAAGUUUGCGAUCUAGAGAAAGAGGUAAAAUAUUUGAAAAGAGAAAAGAAAGGUAACAACAUUAUUAUUUUCGGGCUGGAAGAGGGAGAAAACUCGAUAUCAGAGCUAUUUAAAAGUGUCAAGAUUAUCCUGAAAGAAGACCUCAACAUAAAUAUGGAGCAAUUCGAAAUAAACAAUUUAUAUAGACUGGGAAAAAAUAAAGUUCAGAAUAAACCAAGGCUGGUGCUAUGCUCUUUUAUAAACACAUGGAAAAAAGAUGAAAUAAUGAAGAACAGGAAAAAUCUAAAGAAAAUUUAUAUAUCAGAAGAUUACUCAAAGGAAGUUUUGGAGAAAAGGAAAGCACUGCUACCACUGUUAAAAGAAGAGAGAGAGAAAGGAAAUAUAGCUUUUCUGAAUUACGAUAAACUAGUAGUUAAAGAACCCAACGCAGAAAAAAGGAAAAGGGAGCCAACUACCUCACCAUCACCAUCCAAAACCCAACCCAAAAAACAACUUACCCUAAACUCUGCUAAAAAUAACAGGAUGCAUGCUUUCGAUGCAACGAGACCCAGAUCGAAUUCUCUGACAAGCAAACCUAUAUCCAAUAAACAAUAGCAAUCAAUCGAGAAACGGAAAACCCAAACAAACUACGAAA